GAGGAAAGAGAGCCUAAGACCAGAAAAGUUUGAAGGGAGAGCAGGAGUGAGCGGAGCAGCUCUCUUACAGCCUCUUCCUCAUUUACCCAUCUUGCUUCCCUUCCUUCGCCCCCUCCCUUCUUUUUCUAAAAGAAGGAGGUAAGGACUCCCACCCACCCCCCAAAACCUUUUCUAAUCUCGAGGAAAAGGAGGGGGGCGGGGAGGGAAGAGAAGUAGAUUCCUUGGGAACGUCAUGGAGCUGCUGUGCUGCGAGGUGGACCCCAUCCGGAGGGCUGUGCCGGACCCCAGCCUCUUGUUCGAUGACCGCGUUUUGCUUAACUUGCUUACCAUCGAGGAACGCUAUCUACCCCAGUGCUCCUAUUUCAAAUGUGUUCAAAAGGACAUUCAACCCUACAUGAGGAGAAUGGUGGCGACUUGGAUGCUGGAGGUCUGUGAAGAGCAGAAAUGCGAAGAAGAGGUUUUCCCUUUAGCCAUGAAUUACCUGGAUCGUUUCUUAGCCGGGGUGCCCACUCCUAAGUGCCGUCUCCAACUCCUGGGUGCUGUCUGCAUGUUCCUGGCCUCUAAGCUGAAGGAAACCAUCCCCCUCACGGCAGAGAAACUGUGCAUUUAUACAGAUAAUUCUGUCAAACCCCAAGAGCUGCUGGAGUGGGAAUUGGUGGUAUUGGGCAAGUUGAAGUGGAACUUGGCAGCUGUGACCCCUCACGAUUUCAUCGAGCACAUUUUACGGAAGCUGCCCCUGCCGAAAGACAAGCUGCUUUUGAUCCGAAAGCAUGCACAGACUUUUAUUGCUCUUUGUGCAACAGACUUUAAUUUUGCCAUGUACCCACCCUCGAUGAUUGCAACUGGAAGUGUGGGAGCAGCCAUCUGUGGCCUUCAGCUUGACAGUGAGGACAACUCCCUCUCAGACCAUCUCACAGAACUGUUGGCGAAGAUCACAAAUACAGAUGUGGAUUGCCUGAAAGCCUGUCAAGAACAGAUCGAGGCCGUGUUGGUGAACAAUCUGAGACAAGUUCGACAAGAGGAGCAGCAGAGAAAUCCUACAAAGACAGUGGAUGAACUGGAUCAAGCCAGCACCCCCACAGAUGUGAGGGACAUCAACCUGUGAGGAUUGCCAAUGCAGAGAGAGAAAAACAACAGAGAAAGAGAGAGAAUAGUAGUAGUACUGGCUCUCCAGACUUCCAUUUGGGUGUUUUCUUACUUUGUGGGAUUUUUUUGUGUGUACGUGUGUGUUUUUUAGAACAAAACUUUUUUUAAUCUACUCCCGCCUAGAAAUAUUUAAGGGUCUUUUAGAAAAGAGAAAAAGAAGCCUACAAAAAAAAAAAAAAAAAAGUUGGAACUAUUAAAAAUAUUUGGUGCCUAUAAUGUUAAAAAGAAGGGAAUAAAUUACUGUUUGGUUAUAUAUAGUAAAAUGCUUAUAUAAAAGCAUACAAAGUAGCUAGAGAAAAUGUGUGCCUGCAGAUGUGGGAACAAAGCAGAUUAUACUCUAUUUUUCCAUAUUAUGAACUAGUGCGUACAUCCCCAAUUUAGAUGGGAGAAAAGAACUAUGUAAUUCAUGGUUUAAUUAGAUUGCAGAGCAAUGGACUUAAAGGGGUUGGGGAAAUGAGGAAGUAAUGAGGAGGCAACACAGAAAGAUAAUUAUCUCUGAUGCAAUUGAACCAUUCUGGAUGCAAAAGUUCUUUGGCUCUGAAGUCGCCUUUGGUUUAAUUGGAAAUGUUUGUUGGAUUUCUCCGAGUUAGUUGUGCUUACUCCCAUCUGCGGUAGCUGCUGCCAAGGAAAGAAAGAAGAUGCUUUAUUUUGCCAGGCAGAUACAGGUGAUUGGUUCCCAGGUGUGAUACGCCGCUUCUUCUUUUAAACACGGUCAUUACCAUUACAAGGGAAAGCCCAACUUUGGGCCAUUUCCAGGGGUCGUGUUUUAAGGCAGAAAAACAGGACCAGAGUCUGAAUUGUUGCAAUAAACAAGGGUGAUGAGGUCUUCACAUCCUUCACCAGUCCAAAUUAAUUCCAUGGACUGAUUAACAUUUCUUAUCCACAGCUCAGCAUUAUUAUAAACCAUUCCAUUCAAAAAGCACUUUGAAAAUUAUUCUUGAGGGAUAAAUGGGAUGGUUUAUGAAAAUCAUGUGGAAUUAAGUAUAGAGGGGGUAAAAAAUGCAGUCCUCCUCUGCCCCCUCCCCAGUCUGUAUUAUUAUUUCUAUAUUGCAUCUGAUAUACUCUCUCAGUAGCUCCUGCAAUAAUUUUAGAAGAUGAGAGACACCCCAUUCAGGUGACAUUCCCAUCACAACAUUCCUGAUGAAAUUCCAAAGGAAAAAAAAUGUUAUUCCUGUGUCACAGAAGGAUCUUAAUACACCUACCUGCACACUUCUCCUUUGGGCCUUAAGAGAAUAAUUACUGUUAGUGCAAAAGUCAGUUGACUGAACACCAGGGGCGCAGUGUUGUAUUUUAUUUUUUCCUUUUUUUUGAGGGGGGUGGUGGUUAAUUUUAUUACAAAAUUGUCUUCAGUGUACUUGAAUUUUUUUUUUCCACUUUGUUUCAAAAGGGAGCAAAGGAGUUGGAGCAGAAAAAAAAAAUUUGCACAGUUAUAUUAGCAGGAUAGGGGGUAUAUGAAGCUGUUGUUUGAAAUAUUGUUUGCAUUUUUUUAAAGAAAUCAUAAUGGGCUACUUUGAAGCAUUAUUUUAUAAACAGACUUAUGUCUGGCAAUAUGAGGGUUGAAAAUGAAAUUUUAAAAAAUCUUAGGGUAUCUUUCAUUUGUUUUUAUCUGUUUGGGGUUUUUUUUUUUGUUGUUGUUGUUUGCGCUGCUAAGAAGCUACGAUCCUUCAUUUUUAUCCACAUUAACAGUACUUAGCUGUAAUGUUUCACUGAGUGUGCUGCUAUUUUAUAAACAUUUUGAUAAUAUAUUAUUUUACUGCUUAAAUUUCAAAUCCUGAAGCAGGUGGUUAAGUUGAGCUUUUAAGUUCUGUGAUUUACUGGAAAAGCCCGUGUAUACCUUUUGUUUUUCUCUGAUAGUGUAUUCAUUUUUUUUUUUUCCUGCUCAUUCUGCAAAAAAAUGGCAUUUACUUUACCUCAGGUUUACUGGAUACAAAAUAAAAGGUUCACACUCUUUUUUCCUAAUACCUCACAACCUUCUGCUGGGGAGCCUUGUCAAAUCCUUGAUAUAGGAGAUGGGAGAUAAUUUUUUCCCUCUCAGAAAAAAGACAGGGCUACUUUGGCCUAGGAAGAAGCAACUUGUCCAUUGAGAACCAUUUCUGACCACGAGGACAUUGACUAAGGCUCCCAUUUUGACUUAGGUGUACUCAUCAUCAUAGUGGAAAAAAUACACUGAACCCCAGGGAGCAUAUAUUUAUGCCCCAGCAACUAUGCAGUGGAUUUAGAAGUCUGGUUUACUGUCAUUGACCAGGUGUCAGGAAGAGAGAGUAAAAAUGGAUCUUGGCAGCUUGUUUGCAAAUCCAUAUUUUGCAUGCCUUUAAAGAGAAAAGGCCUUCCCCUUAUCUAUUCUGUUUAUACAAUGCAAAGGUCUUUUAUUGCAAAGGUCUCUCCCUCCUUCCCCAAUCUCUGGCCCAAUAAAUUCCAAACACCAAACCUAGAAUGUAAUUUCACAGUGUCUGUUCUUCCUAUCACUAGCAAACCAAGGCCCUCUGCCAGUAGUCCUAAGCAAAUUUCACAUGGAAGAUUUAGGUCUUAUUUAUCCAACUUGAAUUUGGGCUUAAGGCUCUAGGAUAAAACUAAAGGAUAAAAAAAUCCAAUAAGAGCCAUCAGUGAUUAGAGUUGUUUCUGCAAAAUCUUGGAAGAAAAGACAUUGCUUCCCCCAAGGUGACAUCUGCAUAUGUGAUUGAUUCUGUCACUCUGGUCCAAUCUGAUGCUUGGAUUAAAAGGAAUUUCUAGAGGGAUUUCUCAACCCUAAAAUGAGGAGGUUGAAAAUCCAAUCAGUAAGCCAGCUCCCAUUUCUUUAAAUGCUCAUUUUUGGCAGGGAGUUAUAAGUGAGAUGGUAUCAUUUUAAAAUUCACGAUGAAGAGAUUUUGGAACAAUAAUGUUUCAAGGAAGGAGCAAGAAACCGGGUACUUCUCAAUCUAAACCCUUUUCCCCAGCACUUCUGGAGCUAGUUUUUCCUCUUCCUUUUUUUUUUUUUAACUUUUAAUAUCUCAUAGGCCUGUGUAAUGAAGUUUAUUUUCAAGAAACACACUUAAUAGAAGAAUCCUUAGUUAACAAACUGAGGCCUUUUCUCCCUUGACACAUUUUGUUUUGUUUUGUUUUUAAGAAGAAGCUUCUGUUCAGGCUCCAGAUUGCCCAUUAACUUUAGCUUAUGUCUUUGUCCUUUAAUUCCAUCAAAAGAUGCCACCAGUUUUUUUUUUUUUCCUUUUAUCCAUUCUCUUUUCUUUCCUUCCUUUCUUUCCCCUCCAUCAAAAGAUGUUUAGAAAUUUUUUAUUUUUGUGGUGCUUUCUGGCCAGUUUAUUCAAAUCUUUAAAAAACAAAAUACCAAAUAUAGAAUAAAGCAUAAUAUGAUAUAUACAAAUUAAUAAAAGCUGAGGAAUCUGGAGGUAGGGGUUCUCCCCACCACCACAAACAUACAGAGGAGUCCUCCCCAAGGGAGAAAAAAGAUAAAUGCCUACCAAGAAAACCCAAUCCUGGGGAAUUCUCUGGGGAGUUACUUUAAGACAGCUUACAAUGUCCACAAUUAGUCUGUUAACUUAAUCCACAGAAAAGACCCUUGCUGACCUCCCUUAUUAGCUAAAUCAGGAUGCAAUAGGGACCAGGAGAAUUGUGUCCCUAGAGCAGAGAUUUAAAUGGUUAAAUCAAAGGAUGUAUUGUCUCUGAUAUUACAGGUUCUCUAUAGCAUUAUGGGUUUCCCUCAAAAAGAAACUAUAUUUUUGCUUAGUUCAGAACUUUAAAAAUCUAUUUAGAUUAUGUCCCAAUGUCCAUGCAGACAAUAUGACACUGUAGUACCUUAGUUAAGGAACUUUCUUAAAGAGGGAGCAGAAUUCGCAUUUUAUGUGACUCUGAAUAGGGCUGUUGAGAAGAAAAUGACCGAUUGCACCUUAUAACAUAUAAAUAUUACUUUUUUUUUUUUUUUUUUGCUGAGGUAAUUGGGGUUAAGUGACUUGUCCAGGGUCACACAGCUAGGAAGUGUUAAGUGUCUGAGUCCAGAUUUGAACUUGGGUCCUCCUGACUUCAGGGCUGGUACUCUACCCACUGCACCACCUAGCUGCCCCUAAAUAUUAUUCUCUAAAUUUAAAAAAAAUGGGUUAGAAGAUUAAUAUCUUUCUGAUUCUGGGGCAAAUAUUUGAACAAAUCAACUUGAGAUUAAUCAGACUUCCAGGACACUAGCGUUUUUCCUAAUAAAAUCCAACCUUUGUAAUCCAACCCUGUACAUAGCUUUAAAGGGGAAAAUUAAAACUUAGACUAUAAUGCCCCACUCAUUUUCCCUACUCUCUCCAGAAAGGAUAUUUAGCAUGGAAGAGGUCUAGUAGUAUGAAACUUAGAACAUCUUUCCAGGGUUAACAUUGGUGCAAGAAUUCAAGAGGAACUUUGCUACUUCAUCCAAUCAAAUGGUUACAUACUCAAUAGCCUGAUAUCUUCAAUUCAGGAAGAACUACUCCCAUGUAUUUGUAUGUUGUUGAUUUUUGGCCCCCUCCCCGUCAACUGUCAAAUAAAAAUGCAUGAUCUUGCUACUUCUUGUAGCCCUAGCUUAUCCUUUCUACACAGCCUAUUUUGGUGGGAGAAAGGGUUGAAUGAAAAUCCUUGAAAACUAUACUCUUUGCACAUCCUAAAUAUUUUGGCAAGCUCCUACCCUCAAUCAAACAGAUGUAUUUCUUCUGACCACUGCCCAUAAUUUGGCAACUCUGAAAUUCCCAUCAAAUACCAGGCCACUGGAUUUUUUCCAUUAUGUCUCAUUCAUUACCACGUACCUCAGUUAACUCAGUUGCAGAGUUUCCGGUCUUGAACUUUUUUUUUCUGCUUUAAUGAGUGUGAUACCACAUCAUUUCAAUUUUCUUCUCACACAAUGGGCUCUUUAAGAGGCAUGGUUGUUUUAGAGGUGGGGGGAUGCUAGAGAGUACCGUCAUAGACAUGCUUCAUGUGAACAAAGUCUGGAGAAAGUAUAUGAGGUUGCGUUAUUCGAUCAGACUGUGACAUGUAGCUGAUUGCCUCUUAAGAAGGCUGAUUUGUUCAGUGUUUUUUAAAAUUAAUAACCUGUUCUUCCGACUAGUUUGAAGUUGGAUUUGAGAAUGGUUUUGGAUGCAAUUAGGUAUGCUGUAUGGACAAUAAACUCACCGUGACCUAAA